AUGUUUAGUUCCAGCAACAACAUUGUUCAGUUUACAAUUAACGGAAAACUAUAUACGGUAUCCGAUGAUAGUAUUCCCAUUAGAACGUCCCUCCUUCUCUACAUUCGCGAAUAUGCUGGUCUUCGUGGCACAAAAGCGAUGUGUUACGAAGGUGGUUGCGGUGCUUGUAUCGUAAGUGUAAGGUCCAAAGGCAAAAUAAUAGCUGUAAAUUCCUGUCUUGUACCGGUACUUAUCUGCGACGGAUGGUAUAUUGAAACCACUGAAGGUAUAGGAAACAAUCGAGACGGUUAUCACACGGUUCAAUCUGCGCUGGCUAGAAAAAAUGGUUCGCAAUGUGGAUACUGCUCUCCUGGCAUGGUGAUGAAUAUGUAUAGUCUCGGGAGGGGUACUUUGAAUUUCUCUAUGAAGCAAGUUGAAAAUUCAAUUGGUAGUAAUCUUUGUCGUUGUACUGGAUAUCGAGCAAUUUUGGAUGCAUUCAAGGGAUUUGCUACCGAUGCACCUCUAUCAUUGAUGAAGGACAUUUACGACAUUGAGGACUCAUAUCAGAUCAAAUCUUGCCGGAAAUUCGGAAUGCCAUGCACACAAAGUUGCUACGAUAAACCUUCCGAUGAUAAUACAAUGUUGAGCAUAAAAUUAGGAGACGCAUACUUCUACAAAGUUUCCACGGUCGAGACUCUAUUUGAGUUAUUAAAAAAUAAUCCACAGGCAACGUAUAUAUUAAAUGGAGGAAAUACUGCGCAUGGUGUUUAUCGUUCGAACAAGAAAGAUAUGUACAUUGAUAUAAACAACAUUCCAGACAUGAGUAACAUUACAAAAACUGAUUCGACUUUGGUACUAGGAGGAAAUGUAACCCUUACCAUAGCACUACAGACAUUCCAAAAAUAUUCAACAGAAAGUGGAUUUAAAUAUUUAAGUCAAUUGGCCGAUCAUAUAGAGAUGAUCGCAAAUGUUCCCGUACGAAAUAUUGGCACCAUAGCAGGGAAUUUAAUGUUAAAAUACGAGCACAAAGAGUUCCCAUCCGAUUUGUUUUUGAUAUUACAGACAGUCGGUGCUCACGUACACAUCCUGGAAACUCCCUCUCAGAAACAAAGUUUAUAUCUAUGGGAAUUUCUGGAGCUCGAUAUGCACCAUAAAAUCAUUUAUAGCGUUGUGUUACCAAAGCUUACUGACCAAUACAUAUACAGAUCCUAUAAGAUCAUGCCUAGAGCCCAAAAUGCUCGCGCUCACGUCAACGCUGGCUUUCUCUUCAAACUCGAUACCAACGGAAAAGUGUUGGAGCAGCCUAACAUUAUUUUCGGUGGCAUCAAUAAAAAUUUUACGCAUGCAAGUGUCACAGAAAAAUUUUUGACGUCUAAAAUUAUUUUUUCAUCUUCCCUGCUGAAGCAAGCUUUGGAUUACUUAUAUGCCGAUGUACAACCUGAUCAUGUUCUACCAGAUUACUCACCGGAAUUUCGCAGGACUCUCGCCGUAGGAUUAUUUUACAAGUGUGUAGUAAGCAUCAAACCGGAAGCAGUAUAUCCUUUUUAUUACAGUGGAGGCACUUUAUUACAACGUAGUCUUUCUUCAGGUCGGCAAUUCUACAAUACGAAUGCAAACGUAUGGCCAGUGACUAAGCCUAUGCCAAAGUUAGAAUCUAUUGCGCAGAUAUCGGGCAAAGCCCAAUAUUGCGAUGAUCUGCCUCCAUUUCACAGAGAAGUGUUUUGUGCUUUCGUCGUUACAAAUGUCGCUAGUGGCUACAUCUAUAAGAUAGAUGCCAAUCAGGUUCUUCAAAUGAAAGGUGUAGUGGCAUUUUUUAGCGCGUGUGACGUACCGGGAAAAAAUCUGUGUAUUUCGGCCGCUAACGAGAUGAUGUCCUUGUCAGAAGACGAGUUACUGUUCGCCGAAAAGGAUGUUUUGUAUGCCGGCCAACCUGUCGGUGUAAUUGUCGCGGAAACGCAUAAUUUAGCGAAUAAGGCUGCAAAAUUGGUACAAAUUACAUAUAAAGAAUCUCUAAAAACAAAGCCGAUAAUAAGUAUUGAGGAUGCUAUUAAUGCGCAUGAUGAAACUAGAAUCAGGCAAAGCGUCAACAUUCCAGCAAAGAGGAAAGGAAAAAAUGUUCAAAAAACGCUAAAGGGAUUCUUUCGGUGUGGUAGUCAAUAUCAUUACUCCUUAGAAACUCAAUCCUGCGUAUGCGUUCCUGAGGAGGAUGGUAUGGAGGUAUAUCCAUCGUCACAAUGGAUGGAUCUCAUCCAAGUAUCAAUCGCGGAUUGCCUUAAUGUUCCGAACAGCAGCAUCAAUGUGCGCGUUAGACAACUAGGCGGUUCGCACGGGUCGAAAAUUUCACGCAAUGCGCAGAUUUCAUGUGCUUGUGCAUUGGUAUGUUAUAAACUAAAUCGUCCAGCGCGCUUUAUUAUGACGAUGGAGAGCAAUAUGCUAUCGAUAGGCAAGAGAUGUUCUACGCAACAAGAAUAUGAGAUUGAGAUAAAUAAUGAUGGAGUUAUACAGUAUUUCAAAUCGAAACAUUGGAGUAACUGUGGCUCUAAUUUGAAUGAACCACAAGCAGCUGUGGUUUUUCAUUGUUAUAGUAGCUGCUAUUUAACUGAUACUUGGACAUUUGAUGGUUUUGACGUGAGAACCGACCUACCGUCGAACACAUUUUGUCGGGCAUCAGGAUCUACAGAAGGAUUAGCCAUGAUCGAAAAUGUAAUGGAGCACAUUGCGAAAGUGACAGACAAGGAUCCGAUUACAGUCAGAUUAGCGAAUAUGAAUAAAGUAGAUAAAUUUAUAUUAGAACCCAUGAUAGUGGAUUUAUCGGAAAAAACUGAUUAUCAAUUUAACAAGAACAGCAUUAAAACGUUCAACAGAAGCAAUCGUUGGAAGAAAAAAGGAAUUGCUAUGGUACCAAUGAAAUAUUUGGUAACGAUUGAAGGGCAAUUCAAUGCAAUGGUGUCUGUCUGCGCUCGCGAUGGUUCAGUAUGUGUAACACAUAGCGGAAUUGAGAUCGAUCAAGGCAUAAAUACCAAGAUCGCACAACUGACAGCUCAUACAUUGGGAAUCAAAAUAGAAUUAAUUUCUGUUAAACCAAGCAGCAAUUCAGCGGCACCAAACAAGUCAACUACAGGACACAACAUUACUAUAGAUACCUGUGGAUAUGCAACGAUUCAAGCUUGCACACAAAUUGUAAAGAGACUCGAGCCGAUUAAAAAAAAAAUGAAAAAUCCGAAGUGGGAGGACAUCGUUUUCAAAGCGUAUCAAGAAGGAAUUAAUUUAUGCGAACGUUAUGUGUUAGUUAGCGGGUUAACGGAAGAUACGUUAAAGCCUUACCCUAUUUACGGUGUUACCAUUGCCGAAGUGGAAAUCGAUGUGCUGACCGGUCAGCACGUUGUCAGAAGGGUUGAUUUGAUGAUCGAUGCUGGUGAAAGCUUGAAUCCAGAAAUCGAUGUCGGUCAGGUGGAAGGAGCUUUCGUGAUGGGAAUGGGAUACUGGAUUUCGGAGGAUCUGGUGUAUGAUACUGAAACAGGAUUAUUAAUAAAUAACAGAUCAUGGAAUUAUAUGCCACCAGGAGCAAUGGAUAUUCCUGAAGAUUUCCGCGUAUACUUACGCAAAAGUUCGACCGGUUCAAAAACAAUCGAUGAACCACCGCUUUGUAUGAGUUAUGUAAUUCCAAUAGCAAUCCGCAAAGCAUUGAAUUCUGCUAGGAGAGAUUCAGGAAAUAAGGAUCUGUGGUAUCAACUGGAUGGGCCAUGUACGACCGAAAAUAUACUUCUAACUAGUUUAACCAGAAGGAAUCUUAUGUUGAUGACAGAUAAAGUGUAG